UUGGAGUUGUACCCUGUGUUGUACCUACAAAAGUAAAUUUAAAAUUGAGAUGUAUUUCGUGUUUUAGUAUUAAUAAUUUGUUUACAUAAUUCUUUGAAAUGGCAGACUCCUUAGCUGGGUCAAGAGCUAAACGCCAGAAAGUAGACAAGCAUGGGCGAAUGUCAGCUUUUGAAAAGCUGAAGAACCUGAAGAAUAAAGGAUCAAAACAUAAAUAUGAUGUAGACGAUCUUGAAAAUGUUUAUGACACUGUUGACGAGCGGGAGUACAGUGAACGUGUGUUACAAAGGCAGGAAGAAGAUUGGAUUGAAGAUGACGGUACUGGUUAUGUCGAAGAUGGACGGGAAAUAUUUGAUGAUGAUGAAAUCGAAGAUACAUAUGUUGCAUCAGAUACCAAAGAAAACGGAAGAGGUCUCAAAAGAAAAGCCAGAGUGGCUCCUCCAACUGCAGGGAAGGGUAACAUAAGACACUUAUUAGGAGCUAUGCCAGCUAAAAAGAAGGAGGAAACUAAGAUAUCUGAUGACAAUAUUCUGUCCGACAUCAUGUCAGAUUUAGAUGGCAGUGGACCAGCUAUCGUAAAACCUAAGGCCUUAACUACACCCAAGGCUAACACCAUGCAAUCAACUAAGACAGAUGCACAGAAUUACUUUAAAGCCCUAUCAUCAUCUGUGAAGAAACCUGUUGCUACUGUUAUACUUGAUGAAUCCCCUGUUGUAAAGCAGGAGAAAAUUGAAGUAAGUCCACCCAUUAAAGAAAAUGGCAAUGCUGCCCCCAAGAAAAACACAUGGAAAAUAGAUAAAGAAAUAAAGAAAGAGCUAGAAGAUUCUCAAACACAAAACAUAGAAGAGUUUAAUACACAAGACAUUGAUUUAGGGGAUGAUUUCAGCAAUGAUACACCGAUAGAAGUGAAGGAAAUAAAGGAGGACCUACCCAGUACAGCAAAUACUAUAACAGAUGUAGCUGAAGAAUUCCUCAAUGAAGACUUUGAAAUAUUUCCCACUAAAAACGUGAAAAAAGAGUUAAAACCCUUGCAUACAACUUGGGACAACCAGAUGGGUGAUAACCAUGUUGUGAGCUCCAUACAGUCUGAUGGCAAAUUGCCUUUACAGACAAAUAAAGAUGGUAAAAAGGUCCUCAAAUUCUAUUGGUUAGAUGCUUGGGAGGACAGGUAUGUGAAGCCAGGAGUUGUAUACUUGUUUGGCAAGGUGUAUGUCAAUCCAUUGAAUAAGAAAGCAGGCUGUGUGUCCUGCUGUUUAGUUGUGAAGAAUAUUAAUAGGCAGAUGUUUUUGUUGCCUAGGGAAUAUAAACUAGACCCAGUUACUUUGGAACCAACAGAUGAAGAAGUGACCAUUAUGGAUAUUUAUCAGGAAUUCAACACUUCAGUUGCAUCAGAAUUAGGUCUUAAGGAAUUUAAGUCUAGAAAAAUCACAAAAAAUUACUGCUUCAAUAUACCUGAUAUUCCUGCUCAGUGUGAUUAUUUAGAAGUCAAAUAUUCUGCAUCCAUACCACCCCCACCUACAAACAAGAAAUUCUUAACUUUCUCACAUAUAUUUGGUGCUAAUACGUCAUCAUUGGAGAUGUUACUUCUAGAGAGAAAGAUUAAAGGACCAUGUUGGUUGGAAAUUGUAGAACCUGAUAAUGUUCAAGCUAAAGUUUCUUUGUGUAAACUGGAAGCAAAUUGUGAUGAUAUGGAAAAUAUUAAUGUUAUCAGAGGUGAUGAAGACUUGGAACCACCACCCAUUGUUGUAGCUACUAUUAACAUGAGAACUGCAACAGAUCCUAAAACGAAUAGAACAAAGAUUUUAAUGAUUAGCUGUCUAGCACAUAGUAACUUUCCCAUACAUAAACCACCACCCAACCCACCGUUUCAACAGCAUUUCUGUGUAAUGACAAAAUGUAAUGAACUUUGGCCUCUUGAUUUAAAACAAAAGUUGCCUCAAUAUAAAGCAACAAAACUAUCAAAAUGUGACACAGAAAGAGAGCUAUUAAAUUGCUUUAUGGUUCAGUUUUGGAAAUUAGAUCCAGAUUUAGUAGUGGGUCAUGAUUUGCAGGGAUUCCAACAGGAUUUGUUAAUAGGAAAUAUUUUAGACUUGAAAAUACCAAAUUGGUCGCGUUUGGGAAGACUUAAUAGAUCAGUAGCACCCCAAAAGAAAUAUGCCGCCAAAGAUGCGUUUUUGGGUAGAUUGGUUUGCGAUAUUAAAAUUUCAGCCAUGGAACUUAUCAGAGCUAGAAGUUUCGAUCUGGAUACGUUGUGUAUUACUGUGCUAAAAAUGAAGGAAGGUGAACGUCUAGAUGUCGCAAUAGAAGAUUUGCCGCGUUAUUACGAAAGUAGCAAUGACUUGUUACAGCUUGUUACUUUGACAAUGCAGGAUGCGUCCUACAUUCUCAAAAUGAUGUGUGAACUUAAUGUUUUACCACUAGCCUUACAAAUAACACAAAUUGCUGGUAACAUAAUGUCUAGAACUCUCUUAGGUGGUAGAUCGGAAAGAAACGAAUUCCUAUUACUUCACGCAUUCACAGAGAAAAAUUAUAUUGUACCAGAUAAAGUGUAUGGUAGAAAAAAUUUAUCUGAUGAUCCUGAUAAUGAGGAUAAAGAAGAAGCAGGUGUAAAUAAAAAGCAAGGCAAGAAAAAGGCUGCCUAUUCAGGAGGUUUAGUGUUAGACCCUAAAAAAGGCUUCUAUGAUAAACUAAUACUUCUCAUGGAUUUCAAUUCCCUAUAUCCCAGUAUUAUUCAAGAGUUUAAUGUUUGUUUCACAACAAUAAAACGGAAAAUAUCAUCAAAUACUAAUGAUGAUAUAAGUAAUUUGAUUCUACCAGGUCCUAAUACCGAAUUUGGAGUUUUACCGACACAGAUUAGAAAACUUGUUGAAAGUCGACGAGAAGUGAAAAAGCUUAUGAAAUCACCAGAUUUGCCCCCAGAGCAGUAUAUGCAAUAUAAUAUAAGACAAACUGCUUUAAAAUUAACUGCCAAUUCUAUGUAUGGGUGCUUAGGAUUUACACAUUCGAGAUUUUAUGCUAAACCACUAGCAGCCCUUGUGACUAUGAAAGGAAGGGAAAUUCUCAUGGACACUAAAGAAAUUGUACAAAAACUAAAUUACGAUGUUGUUUAUGGUGAUACAGACAGUUUAAUGAUAAACACAAAUUGUUUGGAUUAUGAUUAUGUUUUUAAAAUUGGUAAUGAUCUAAAACGAGAAAUUAAUAAAAAAUACAAGCAGAUUGAAUUAGAUAUUGAUGGAGUUUUUAAGUAUCUUCUCUUGCUCAAGAAAAAGAAAUAUGCAGCUGUUGUAAUAAAUCGAAAUAAAAACGGAGAACUAAUUUAUAGCCAAGAACAUAAGGGGUUAGAUAUUGUUAGACGUGAUUGGUCGCAGCUUGCCGCAGAAGCAGGAAAAUUUAUUCUCAAACAAAUUCUUUCAGAACAAAGUGCUGAUGAAAGAAUUGAGAGUAUACAAACACAUUUAAACAAGUUAAAAGACGAUCUGUUGAGUAAUAAAAUACCAAUAUCGCUCUUGACCAUAACUAAGCAGUUAACCAAAAAUCCAAACGAGUAUGCCGACAAAAACGCCCAACCUCAUGUUCAAGUCGCUAUGCGACUCAAUAACAAGAAUAGUAGGCGAUUCAAAAAGGGCGAUAUUGUUCCAUACAUAAUUUGUGUAGAUGGCACCACCAACUCUGCUACACAAAGAGCAUAUCACAUAGAAGAAUUAAAAAAUUCUGAACAUCUUAAAAUUGAUUAUAGAUACUACUUAGCGCACCAACUUCAUCCCGUAAUAUCACGUAUUUGUGAACCAAUUGAAGGAAUGGAUCCGGCGCGAGUCGCCGACUGUCUCGGUUUAGACCCAUCUGGUUAUAGAAAUAUGUUAAAAAAAGAAAACUCAAAUGGAGAAACUUACGAAGUAGAAAAUGAAAAGGAGAAAUACAGACAUUGCAAAGAAUUUUCAUUCAUUUGUGUAAACGAAAAUUGUCAGACCGAGAAUAGAAUAAGAGAAGCAGUAAGCAAAUUAGAUAAAGAAAGUGUAACGUUUUUAGAGCGUUGCCAAAACGAGCAGUGUACAUACAAGCCAAUUGACUAUUUGCCGUGUAUACAGAAUCAGUUGUGUUUGCAAAUUAGGCAGUACCAUAAUCAGUAUUACGCGGGUUGGUUGUCGUGCGAGGAUCCAGCUUGUGGUCAUCGUACUACGCGAAUGCCACAGAAUUUCCAAGCAGGAUAUCCGCUGUGUCGCCUGUGUGAAAAGGGCCUUAUGUAUAGGGAAUAUACAGAGAAGGACCUGUAUUUGCAGAUCAAUUUCUUCCUAUUCCUGUUCGAUCUUAGCAAACAGAAUAACUCCAAAAUCAAACUGUCACCUCAAGUCAUAUCUGCCUUCCAAAUACUCAAGGAGCUGGUGGCGGACUGGCUCUCACACUCAGCAUAUUCCAUUAUAAACCUAUCAAAACUAUUUAGAUUCUUCAGCGUCGAUUCCAAAGGCGGAAAAAUUAAAACUGAGCCAGUUGAAAUAGACAUUUUACCAGAGACUGAACACAUUGAUGCUAUCAUGGAAAUGGGAGCAUACUAGAUUUUAUUUUUAAAACUUAUAUGUAGAUCAUGGUUCUUAUAUAGAAUUUUAUAAUAAAUUAUAAAUAAAAUA